CUUUCACACUUUUUGAUAAAUUCAAAUCAAAACACGUGUUUUGGUUUUGCGUUCUCCUUAAAAUUUCGAUUUAUUUAAAUAAUUUUAAUAAUAAAUAAAUCAACCAAAAAAUGGAGUACACAGAACUUGAUCCAUCUAUUAAAAAGGAAGACACUCUAGGAGUCAUCCUUUGUUGUGAGUGCGGAGUUGCAAUAACACCGAACCCUUCAAACAUGUGUGUCACCUGUUUGCGAAAUCACAUCGACAUUACCGAAGGUAUCCCCAAACAAGCUGUCCUUCAUUUUUGCCGAAAUUGCGAAAGAUAUUUACAACCACCCAGCGAAUGGAUUCAAUGUGCUCUCGAGUCAAGAGAACUUCUUGCUCUAUGUUUAAAAAAGCUAACAGGUCUCAAAGAUGUGAAAUUAGUUGAUGCAGGAUUCAUCUGGACAGAACCCCAUUCCAAACGAAUAAAAGUCAAACUCACAGUUCAUGGGGAAAUUGUUGGGGGCACCGUUUUGCAACAAGUAUUUGUCGUUGAGUUCACAGUUUCAUAUCAAAUGUGUACCGAUUGCCAUCGAGUGGAAGCCAAAGACUUUUGGCGUUGCUAUGUGCAAAUCAGACAACGUUGUGAGAACAAGAAGACAUUCUUUUAUUUGGAACAGUUGAUUUUGAAACACAAAGCUCAUGAAAACACUCUUGGUAUUAAGCAAAUGCAUGGUGGUUUGGAUUUCUAUUAUGCCAAUGAAAACCAUGCAAGGAAAAUGAUUGAUUUCCUGCAGGCAGUUGUGCCAGUUCGGACUACCAGUUCGAAGCGUCUCAUCUCGACAGAUAUUCACAGCAAUAUCUGUAAUUAUAAAUUCACGUAUUCGGUGGAAAUAGCACCGAUAUCAAAGGACAGUGCUGUUUGUUUGUCGAAGAAACAGAGACAGCAAUUGGGAAAUAUAUCGGCAGUUUGUUUGGUGCAUAAGGUUGCAAGUAAAAUUCAUUUGAUUGAUCCGACCACUGCCCAAAUUGCUGAAAUUUCAUCGAACGUCUACUUUCGGGCUCCAUUCGAAGGAAUUUGUAAUCCAAAACAAUUAGUGGAAUUUAUUGUGAUGGACAUCGACAUUAUCAAAGAAAAAGAUCGUAAAAUAUGCCCCGGUCAAGGUGCUGUGUCAUUUAAGCAUGUUCUCUGUGAUGUCUGGUUGGUAAAAGCAUCCGAAUUGGGAAUCAACGACAAUCCUAUUCACACCAAAAGCCACUUGGGGCAUUUGCUGAAAGUUGGUGAUUCCGUGCUGGGUUACAAUCUAAUUGAUGCCAACAUCAAUAAUGAAACAUUCGAUAAACUUAACAACAAUGAGUAUCCAGAUGUUAUUCUGGUAAAGAAAUUCUUUGGCGAUCGCAUGUCGAGGUAUAAUCAACGUCUUUGGAAACUUAAACAUUUAGCUGAGGACGAGCAAGAAGAAAGAAAGAAAACUGAUUAUCAAGACUUCUUGGAGGAUUUGGAAGAAGAUCAAGAAUUCCGUCAAAAUGUUAACAUUUACCGAGAUACUUCGAAACAUAUUCCAAUUGAUACAGCAGCUAAGGUGAAUGAUGAUUCUACUCCACAGAUCACUCUCGCUGAAAUGCUGGAAGAUUUAGUGUUGGAAGAUGAUGCCAUGGGAGAAGUUGAAUAAUUUAUUUAAUUUUAUUCUUUUAUUAUUUUAAUAAAAAUAUUGAACAUAUUUGAAGAAAAAUUAAACUA